AGAUAGGCCUAUACUUAUUUUAUCAACGCAAAUAUAAAAUCAAGCAUUUGGAGCAAUGCACAGAGACAACAGUCAACAUAAGAUCAAUUUGUGAUGCACACGGGUGACGCCGUAUGUCUACAGUCGCAUUACCAAAGACUAGCGUGGGAUCGGUCCCUACUGCCGCUGCUGCCUGCCUGCGCCUGUCUCAUCUGGAAUAGCACGGGAACCCGUUAUUUUUCUCUCUGCGUCUUGAAGAGGCCAAUUUUAGGGUAUAUUCCCAUUUGGGCACUCUUGAUCAUCUGGAGGUUUUUGACUGUCUCAAAAUACACGACAGUGCAGAGGACCAUUAGCAAUAGCAUCUCCAAAAAUUGUAUAAUAAGGCACCAUGGGAAAACAGAACAGCAAGCUGACCCCUGAGGUGAUGGAGGACCUGGUGAAGAGCACAGAGUUUAACGAACACGAGCUCAAGCAAUGGUACAAAGGCUUCCUCAAGGACUGCCCCAGCGGCAGACUGAACCUGGACGAAUUCCAACAGCUCUAUGUCAAGUUCUUCCCGUAUGGCGACGCAUCAAAGUUUGCACAGCACGCCUUUAGGACCUUCGACAAGAACAGCGACGGCACCAUCGACUUCCGAGAGUUCAUCUGUGCCCUGUCUAUCACAUCGCGUGGCAGCUUCGAGCAGAAGCUCAACUGGGCCUUCAACAUGUACGACCUGGAUGGAGACGGCAAGAUCACCAGGGUGGAGAUGUUGGAGAUCAUCGAGGCCAUUUACAAAAUGGUGGGCACUGUGAUCAUGAUGAAGAUGAACGAGGACGGCCUGACACCGGAGCAGAGGGUGGACAGGAUCUUCAGCAAGAUGGAUAAGAACAACGACGACCAAAUCUCAUUGGAUGAGUUCAAAGAGGCGGCCAAGAGCGAUCCGUCCAUCGUGCUCCUCUUGCAGUGUGAUAUGCAGAAGUGAGAAGGGGGUGCUCAUCUGUAUGAAACCAGACGUGUACACUCUCUUUGGACAGGCAGCACAUGUUUUAAUGUCUCAUUUAAGUUCUUCUUCUCAGCCAUUUCCACAGGAAAAAAAAUUAUGCUUGGACUAUUUUUCAAUGGACUCGCUUCUUGUGGUUGUAUGCAUGAGAAUGUGAAAUAGCUGAAUCAUUUUGGAUAUGUUAUAUUACACAAUAUCAUGAUACAUUUAUAUUUGAUCAAACCUAACCUACCAAUGUGAAUUGUGCACAAGUAAUCCUACUCCAUUUACCCAUUCACUUUUAGGCUAGCUUGUAUAUCAGUGAAGCGCUAUACAUUGAAUUAUUCUGUUCUUGCAGUAUUUAGAUGAUCCAUGUCCACUGCUGCAGCUAGCUGCUAAUGCUAAUGCUUAACAUACUGGUAAAUGAACAAUAAUUCCUAUGAUAAUUGUAACUCGUCUCUAUAAUAUCCAAACUUCUUGAGCUCUUGGAAAAAUAGAGACCGGAACUGUGUAGGUUCCAAUCUUUGCAUGCAUGUGUUAUGUGUUCAGACUCUAUAAUCUAACCUCUUCAAUUUUUGCAUCCUCAAGAGCGGUAUUCAAGAAGAAGCCCUCCGAAAAGCGUUUGGUAUUGUUGCAUGGGAUGUACAGUAGUGAUUCACCAGACCAUUAUAUUAUUAACCUCCUGUGGGAGCAUGUUGCCCUCAUUAUUAAUAACAUUACGUAUGUGUAAUUAAUAUGACACGAGUUCUUGAAUGAUAGCUAAUACGAGCCCUUGUUGUAACCUCUCACACAGAGUCCAGAUGUAUCUGAAAGUUGAGUAUUGAACUAAAGUCCAACACUAUAGAACAACUAGUGAAUAAAUAUGCUGCUGAUGAUGUACUAUAUUACCGUUAUAAUAUUAUUCUAUUGCACUGUUGCCAUCAAUCAACACCAGGCCAAUGCUUAUCCAUCUUCAAUGGUAAUAACCACCUAUCACUCUUAGCAUUGCUGGAUACAUAAAGCGCCACGAUAACUCCAAAUUGGUUGGAAUUCUCAGCCUGUACGUUUGCCCACUCGAUUAACGAUACAAAGUAACAUCAUACAUAUCAAUAUGUUUACAGUGACACAGAGCACGGCAAAAAUGUAACAAAUCUUGGCUUUCAAGCACGGCGUCCGGGAGCUUGUGAGUUUCCAAAGCCAGAUAGGAAAAGUCUGAAGAGUUUACUGGACAUACCGCGUUCCUACAAAAGGUACUUUUAUAGAACACAACUUUUUAUUGAAGGUUUAAUCUUCUAAUCUCUCGAUCGAUCUAAGUUUACAAUGGUCUGUGAUGGUGCAGAACCCCUCCACGAGUUGCAAGAAGUACUAGAUAAAAACAGAGCUUCUGAAACUAAAAGUUCUAGUUCUGUUUCAAAUUGACUCCUAUAUGGAUUGCAGAUAUCGUGAAAAUGUGCAUUUCCUUGAACGUACUAGACCUAUUUACCAUUUCGAAGCUAUGCAGGCAUGUACUGGCAAACAUUUCACUUAUUAUACUAGUGGAAGCUGACACCGUUUUUCACAGUUCUGGAUACAGCAUAAUGUAGACUUGAAUGCUCAUUAUUGAUUAUUAUUUGUCUAUAAUAUUAUUGGUACAGGAUGAUCCAAACUUCAUGGCAACAAUCUUUGUCAAGUAAAUGUUUAUACUAAAUAUGAAAAAUCUAAUUUAAAAGAUAAGUGACUGUGUAUUUUGUUUGUUUUGUUCUUUUUAUACAUGUGGCAUGUGUUGCACCCAAAAUUACAUAGUUACAUUCUUUAUGUAGUACUAAUGAAACUCAAUAAAAACAUCUAUGGGCUUUUUCAAAAGGCA